AUUGAAUAUGGGUUAUACUCCACAAAUCAUGAAGAUGAGAUGUACAGGGAAGCUGUCGGAGGAUUAUCAGAACAACAUGCUUCACUUCCGAAACUUCAAAUUCAAUUUCUUAUCGAGUUCGAACUACCUGUCCUAAGAGCGGAACUAUACCUCUGGCACAGCAGUUAUCACUCCAUGACGCCAUCUCCGGUAACCAUCCAAACAAUAAACUCCUCAAACCACAACAAUAGACCCAAAACGUCUGAAUCUCGAAGAAUAUUGUAACAAUAUCCCACAAAGAGCAAUGGAUCUCUAACCGCCUCAUACGCCUCUUUCCUAGGUCAUACAUACACUACCAAGUACCAACUCACAAACACAAACCCAUCAACCAUGUCCGUCUUCAGCCUCCACGAAUACCUACCCACGCACACCCCCGAAGAAACAUACACCACCCUCCCAGCCCUCCAAGCCAGCAUCGCCUCACACUACGAACGCAUCUCCAAAACCACCACCAACCUCCAAGAUGAAUUCAUCAUCGUCUCCUCCGUCCCAGAUUCCAUCAUCGACACUAUCUCAACCAGUCCUCACGUCCUCCAGAACGCCGUCCUCUGGGCUUCGAACACCUCCUCGUCUGAAAUCAUCCUUAAACUCCAGUCUCCGCUCUUAGCAGUCGCCAGGGCGGCUUUUAUUGCGAGUUUCAAAGCGAAGCUCGAUAAGAUGGGUGUGUUGAAUGAUCUCGUCUCGUUGGGCGCGAAGUCCAUCAGGACAGGUGCUUCUGGGAAAGCGCCCGAUGCGGCGUUUAAGCCGCGAUCGCGAGGUGGUUCUGGUACAGAGGAGUCGGAUGCGAAUGCGCAUGCGAAUUGGCCUAGCAUGAUAGUCGAGGUGGGAUUUCGAGAGACAGGUCCGCCGGCGCUCCGCGCCAGCGCGACAUGGUGGAUUCAGAACUCAGCUGGGCGAGUUGGCGUUGUGGUUUUGAUCUUCGUGCAUGCUGCGGAGCCGCGCGUGUCUGUUGAGAUGUGGGAGUUCAGGACGCCGGGUCCGUUGGCUUCUAAGACGCAAGAAGUGAUUGUGGAGAAGAGGGAGAAUAGGAGACCGGGAGAGGAUAGGGAGAGAGGGGUGGCGGUGUUAGGGGCGCCGAUGAAGGUUCCGCUGCAGAAAGUUUUUUCGAAGGAGGGCGUGAAGGGAGAUGGUGAGAUUGUAUUUGAUGAGGAGGAUAUGAGGAGUCUGGCGAGAGAUGUUUGGAUACAGCAGGGGUUUUGGGAAGUAGAGGCUACGGAGACGUAGAUGGAUGGAUGGAUAGAUAGAUAGAUGGAUCUUUGGCUUCUGUUGAGCUUCUUUUAUUAUUGGGCGUC